AGAAAUAAUGGAAAAGGUAAUUAGGAGACUGUUUUUUCACAAAAUGUAAUUAGGAUAAUGUUUGAGAAAUGCUAAAAUAUUUAACUUAUGCAAAACAAACCCAAAUGCUACCUCAGCUACGCUAAUGUAAAGUUUUUGUGAGACAGUAAUCACCCCAUAAAAUCUGUUCAAGGAUAAGUGUUGUAAAUCUUGUAAUACACAUUAAAUGAAUAAAUGACCCGAUUAAGUUAGUACCGUCAAAUACCACCAGUCCACCACCCAGGUACCUCAUGCUCGAUUUGAUGUAUCAUUUUGUGAUAUUAAAAAUGUAAUGCAAUUACUGUUCAUUUAGGCUAUAUCAAUUCUUGUUUUUAAUGAAAGAGGACAAAACAGAGAUUAAUAUCCUAAAUCUCUCUACUUUUGAUCUCUUUGAAAUCCUUAGUAUUAAAGCAAAAAUAAGGUUGUUGCUAGAAUUUAGAAUUAGAUAUAAUGAAUUAAUGAUGAGCUAUUGGAAGAGACCCAAAGUUCAGAAAUCAGAAAAUUCUACUAAUACCAGAAGUCCAGAACAAAUACUUCUAUAAAAGGUGAUCUUUUUUAUAUGCUUCAAAACAUUAUCAUCGUGCUUGCGUAUCAGGUGUGGGAUCUGCUUUGUAUAUUCUUAAAUAUCCUUAAUCAAUCUUGCCUACAAGGUGUUCGACAAUAUGCCUAAACGACCAAACUACCAGAAUUUGUCACUUUUGAGUUUGAUUUAUUAACAAUAACAUUCAGCUUUUUAAUCUUCUUGUUAAUUAGUUUAUAUUAGGAAUAUGGCUCUCCUAUCAUCCAGAAUUACCAGAAUUCAUCAGCAAUUUUGUGGCCCUUUCCUCAGAUUUUCAUCCUUAUAUUCAGGAAUAUCCCAUAAACCAGUUGAAGAAUCAAUAAAAAUAGCAAUUUCAAACAAAACAUAUGAACAAAUCCCUGAUAUCUUAAAAACCUCAGAAGAAUCCUGCAAGAAAUAUAACCCCUUUUCAUUUCUUUCCUCAUUCACAUUGAUUCAUAGAACCAAAGUAGUUGAUGAAAUGUUACAGUCUUUCAUAUCUUUUAAACCUCAUUCAUGCCUUAAAACUACAUAUCACUAUCUGUUAAGUUAUAUCCUUCAGAGCUCUCACCCUUUUCCGCUUGCUCUUGCGACCCUCCAACGUACGCUUCGUUCCGGGUGUACCCCUGUACCUCAGACUUACCUUUCUCUGUCUUCUGCUUGGAUGUAUCACCAACAGCAAUUUGAGUCAGUGCCCAGCAUUCUUCUAGCUAUGAAAUCAAUUGGGUAUCGCCCCGAUUGUGGAACUUGUAACUUCAUCAUUAAGUCUCUUUGUGCUGUUGAUCAGUUGGAAGAGGCUAUAGAGGUGCUUAGGGGAAUGAUUGAGGUAGCAUGUAUUCCUGAUGCUGAGAGUUACUGUACUAUUAUAGCUGCAUUAUGUGGAAUCCGGAAGACGGACAAGGCAUUGGCAUUAAUGAAGGAAAUGGUAGGAAAAUUAAACUUAUCACCAAGGCAAGGAAUAUUGGUGAGGUUAGUGGCUGCAUUACGUGCUAACAAGGAGAUAUGGAGAGCGGCUGAGGUGAUUGAAUUCCUAGUAAAGAAGGGGUUCCAUGUUGGGUUUGAGAGCUUCGAGCUUCUGCUUGAGGGUUGCUUGGAGUGUAAUGAGUUCAUUUUAGCAGGAAAGAUGGCAAUGCUGAUGACUGAGAAAGGUUACAUACCAUACAUUAAGGUCAGGCAAAAGGUGGUUGAAGGAUUGGCUGGAGUUGAUGAGUGGAAGCUCGCUUGUGCAGUUAGGCACAGAUUUUCAGAAUUGAACUCAUAACUUUAUCUGAUGAAUGUGAAGAAAGGGCUACGAGGGGUAAUAAAGAAUAGUCUGUGCUGCAUCAAUUUUGUUCAGGUGCUCUGUUCUGUAUGCAUACUUCAUGCAAAGUAAAUUAUUUGAAUGGAAGCGAAGCCAUCAUCAACUUGUAGUUACCUACUUAUACAAGAGUACUUAAUGCUAGAUGUCUUCUCAAUCCAUUUAGGAGUCUUGCAGCUGACAAAUUUCUAUAAAAGGAAUUUUGCUAACAAUAUUGUAAUGUUCUUUUAUACUGAUUAAUUCUUUAUAAAGAAGAUUAGAUUUAUAUUUUGGUGAGAAAAAUUUCUGCGUUAGUUUUCUGAUUAAAUGUAUCAUAUCUUAUCGCUUCAAAAGUUUUUCUUUGCUUUUAAGUGAUUACUCUGCUAGGCCCAGCCUCUGAAAACAAAGCUCAUUAUGUUUUUCUUUUCAAUAUGCCCUACCUUCCGUAAUUUCAAUUCUUAGGAAAUUAUUUGCACUGUUUUUCGUAUUGCACAUCUUUGACUGUUCCUAUGUAAAAACACAUUAAUAAUUUUAUGAUUUUUCAUGCCUCUAUAACAGAAAACUGCCUGUACUCUAUGUUCUUGAUGAUUGAUGGAGUUUUCAACUGUAGAUCUCUAAGGUCCAUUUACAUAACAAUUUUAACAUCUGCUUCAUUCCAGAAAGUAUUAUAGGCUAUGAGUAGUUUGUAUGUCAUGCUUGUUGAUUCCAACCAUGUACUACUGUAUAUCUUGGAUGAUUUCUGAGACCAGACUGUUUUGGCUGAU